GAGUAUAUUCAAGACGAACUAGGUAACUUCAUCAAAAAAAAAAAAGACGAACUAGCUAAACCAAUUGGAGCAGUUUCACUUGCCGCCCGCCUGCGCCAGUUCAAGUUUCAGUUUGGAAGGAAAGAAAUAGAGAAAGAAUGGGAAAGAAAACAAAGAAGGCAGGAAAAGGCAAAGAAAAAACCGAGAAAAAAACCGUGAAAGCUGAGGAGAAAAAAGCUCGCAGAGAAACUAAAAAACUCUCUCCCGAAGAUGACAUUGACGCCAUUUUGUUGAACAUACAAAAGGAGGAAGCUAAGAAGAAGGAAGUUCAUGUAGAGGAAAAUGUUCCUGCACCGUCUCCACGAUCCAAUUGUACGCUAAACAUCAAUCCCUUAAAGGACACUGAGUUGAUCCUCUAUGGAGGUGAAUUGUAUAAUGGUAAUAAGACAUUUGUAUAUGGUGAUCUUUACCGUUAUGAUGUGGAGAAGCAAGAAUGGAAGACGGUAUCAAGCCCCAAUAGCCCACCUCCUCGUAGCGCUCAUCAGGCAGUUGCUUGGAAGAACUAUUUUUAUAUUUUUGGUGGGGAAUUCACAUCCCCAAAUCAGGAGCGCUUCCAUCACUACAAGGACUUCUGGGUCUUAGACCUGAAAACAAAUCAGUGGGAACAAUUGAACUUGAAAGGAAGUCCUAGCCCGCGGUCUGGUCAUCGAAUGGUCUUAUACAAGCACAAAAUUAUUCUUUUCGGUGGCUUCUAUGACACUCUAAGAGAAGUGAGAUAUUACAAUGAUCUGUAUAUCUUCGACUUAGAUCAAUUCAAGUGGCAAGAAAUGAAGCCAAAGCUGGGAGCAAUGUGGCCAAGUGCAAGGAGUGGUUUUCAGUUCUUUGUUUAUCAAGACGAGAUAUAUUUAUAUGGGGGCUACUCGAAAGAGGUUUCAUCUGAUAAGAACAGCUCUGAAAAGGGAAUUGUUCACUCAGAUAUGUGGUCUCUUGAUCCUAGGACUUGGGAAUGGAGCAAGGUAAAGAAAAGUGGGAUGCCUCCUGGGCCACGUGCUGGGUUUUCUAUGUGUGUCCAUAAGAAGCGUGCCAUGUUAUUUGGCGGUGUAGUUGAUAUGGAAAUGGAAGGAGAUGUAAUGAUGAGCCUUUUCUUGAACGAACUUUAUGGCUUCCAAUUGGACAACUACCGCUGGUAUCCUUUGGAGCUGCGGAAAGAAAAGUCAACCAAAGAUAAGUUAAAAAAGAAUUCUGAACAAAGGUCUAAUGGGUCUGAUGUAGACAAAACAAAUGCUAUGGAAAUAGACGAGAGUGUUAAUGAUGGGAAUCAAGAUUACCGCGAAGAGGUGGCUGGUUUGGAAAGCACCAUAGAUGAAAUAUCUGAGAGUAUGACAGCAAAUAUGGAUGUUGAUGAUGGUUCCUCAACAUCAAAAUUUGACGGAAAAUCUGAUACAUCUAAAUCUAAAAUGGUUCUGCAAAAUUCUGUUUCACUUGAGACAGUGAAGCCCUGCGGACGCAUAAAUUCCUGCAUGGUUGUUGGGAAAGAUACAUUAUACAUUUAUGGGGGAAUGAUGGAGGUUAAAGACCAAGAGAUCACACUUGAUGAUUUGUAUUCUCUUAAUCUCAGCAAACUUGACGAGUGGAAGUGUAUUAUUCCGGCAUCUGAAUCAGAAUGGGUGGAAGCCUCAGAGGAUGAGGGUGAUGAUGAGGAUGAUGAUUCAAGUGAGGAUGAUGGUAGCAAUGAUAGCAACAGUGAGGAGACUGACGAUGAUGAAUCUGAUGAUGAUGCAGGGGCCAGGAAUGAUGGCUCUUCAUCACUUAAAGUGGGAGAUGCUGUUGCCAUGAUAAAGGGCGAGAAAAAGAAUCUUCGGAGGAAAGAGAAACGAGCCAGAAUAGAGCAGAUUAGGGCCAACCUAGGCCUGUCCGAUUCACAAAGAACCCCAGUGCCUGGAGAAUCUUUGAAGGAUUUCUAUAGACGGACGAAUUUGUACUGGCAGAUGGCUGCCCAUGAACAUACUCAGCACACUGGGAAGGAGCUUCGCAAGGACGGAUUUGAUCUCGCUGAAGUUCGGUAUAGGGAACUUAAACCAAUUCUUGAUGAGUUGGCUAUAUUAGAGGCGGAACAAAAGGCGGAAGAGCAAGAGGUUGAACCUACUUCAAAAAAGAGAGGCAAAAAGAAGAAGUAAAAGUGUCUUGAUAUAGUUCAAAACUAGGGGUGUGAACCGAACCAAAAUUUUGAUAGUUUUUAAAACUGAAUCUAUCUUAUUAGAAUCUUAAAUAUCUCGAACCAAAUCAAAACGAACAUUACUAGUCAGUUUGGUAGUUUUUUUAAUUCGGUUUGGUUUGUACCAAAAGUGAACUGUAAAUUUUUUAUUUAUAAGACAAAGUUGACCUGAAGAGUCGAUUUAGUUUAGUCAUUCAGUUUUGUUAGGUUAUUUGGUUUUUGUACACCCCUAGCUCAAGCUAUCCAGGAAAAAUAAUUAAAUUUUCUUGGGUGAGAGACUUUUAGAUUCGAACAAUACCUCUCUGUCACUAGAUUAUAUGUGUGGAAAUGCCGGCAUUAUGUAACAAUUUUUGACAAUAUAUUUACAAAAUUAUUAAGGUA